UGGGUAUAAAACUAAAAGAAAACGAUUGACAUCGUUCAUUCCACCAUUAACUGCUAAAGUGAAAGCUGCGAAAAAACUUAGUCUAAAACCAAAAAAUAUCAAAGAUAUAUUUUCAAACUAAAUAUGUCUUUCCUUCAUAAUCAUUCUUGCGAGUGCGUUAAGUCAGAAUUGGAUUUGUUUGCACUACCGUCUACACAAACUAGCAUUGAAAAUGGAUUGUGGAUUCAUUAUAAACCAAUUUCAUCUCUUGGUGAUGAUGGACCUAUCGAGUUUCAAGUUCCUGGGACCGGCGAUGACUACAUAGAUUUGUCUCAUACAUUACUCCACAUAAAGGCAAAAGUAUUAAAUCAAGAUUCAACUAACUUGGUAUCUACUACAAUAGUAGCACCUGUAAAUAAUUGGCUGCAUUCACUUUUUAGUCAACUUGAUGUUUAUUUAAACCAAAAACUUGUAUCACCACCUAAUAAUACCUAUGCAUAUCGAGCAUACAUGGAAACCCUUUUAAACUAUGCCCCUGCUGCUAAACAAUCUCAUCUUACUUGUAGUCUUUGGUAUGAGGAUACAGCAGGAAAAAUGGAUUCUACAGAUGGUAAAAACAUAGGAUUUGUUAAAAGACAGGAAUUGAUUAGUGAAAGUAAGGAAAUAGAAAUGAUUGGUCAUCUUCACGGUGACAUUUUUAACCAAGAUAAAUUUUUAAUUAAUGGUGUUGAAAUGAGUGUUAAAUUGGUUCGAUCAAGAGAGAGUUUUAAUUUAAUUGUUGGAUCAAACGAUGUAAAGUUUAAAGUUUGUAUUACGGACGCAACUCUUAUUGUUCGACGAGCACGAAUUAAUUCAAGUGUAUUACUCGCACAUCAAAAAGUUUUAGCUUCUACCACUGCUAAAUAUCCUAUUACUCGAGCUGAAGUAAAAGUUUUAACAAUUCCUUCGGGUGUUCAAGGAAAAACUCUUGAUAAUAUAUUUUUAGGACAGGUACCGAAAAGAUGUAUAAUUGGAUUUGUGAACAAUUCUGCAUUUAAUGGUUCCCUUACUAAAAAUCCAUUUAACUUUGAAAACUAUGGUAUUAAUUCUUUCAGCUUAUAUAUUGAUGGUCAACAAAUACCUUCAAAAGCUUUGCAACCAUCUUUUAAUAAUAGCAUAUUUACAUCAGCAUAUCAUACUCUAUUCUCGGGAACUGGUAUUCACUUUCUUAAUGAAGGAAAUGGAAUCUCUUGUGAACAGUAUGGCAAAGGUUACUGUCUAUUAGCAUUUGACUUAACUCCUGAUUUAUCAGCUAACUCAUCAACUCAUUGGAAUCUCAUAAAGCAUGGUAGUGUAAGAAUAGAAGUACGAUUUGAAUCCUCAUUAAUACAAACAAUUAACUGUAUAGUUUAUGCUGAGUUUGAUAAUAUUAUUGAGAUAGAUAAAAACAGAAAUGUUACUGUAGACUAUAGUAGUUAAGGUUAUAAUAUGUGUUGUGUGUUAGAUUUUAUGUGUUAUGUGUAAUGCAUUUUGUGUGUAUGUAACUAUGUGAAACGUUAUAAAAUUAAAUAAAACAAAUUGUAUGCAAUAUAUUUUUUUUUAUUUCUUUAUAAAUCUUCUAUUUAAUCUAAUACAAAACACUGUUCGAGUUGAAAUUUUACAUAAGCACACUGACUAAACCACUGAACAUGCUGCUGCCAAGGAUCAUCAUCAUCUUCCCAAUCUUUUAAACCACCACCACAAUGGAAACACUUGGUCCCGUCUGCAUGGCCAGUAUAAAAGAAACCAGCUUCUGCAAGAUCUUCAGGUUUCUGUCGCAUAACUAGAGGCCAGUUUUCGAAACUAAGCAAACGGCUAGAUUUUGAACUGAAGAAUGGAUAUUCAGCUCUUGAGUACUGCAUACUCUUCUCGUUUUCUUCUCCACUCAGUGUUGUAGUUUUGUUAUUCAAUGAUGUGUUUUGUACACGUAUGCCACACUCAUCUCUUCCUUCCGCUCUUGUCUUCCUGUAAUUGAAGUAAACAGAAUCACAUUCACUAAUGAUCAGCUAAUGACUGUCAUUGUUAAAAAAGUAUUUUUUAACUUUUUCACUUUCUGCUAUUGUCUUUGUUAUAUUGUAUACGAGGGCGUUUGUGUUGUCGUAGAUGCUUGUAAGUAGUGUAGUUGUACCACUUCUAGACCACCUGAGUCAGACGUGGUUCAACGACGUUCGUCGACACCCGAUCCU